AUGAGUGCUCAACGGAGAAACGGUGCAGAAAGUGGAAUGAAUGGGAUAGCUGGAGAAGUGUCCAGGAACGUGGAUGUUGCAUAUUUGAGACAGAAAUAUCGCAAGCAUUUGAAACGGAACAAGAAAAGUAAUAAUAUAAGGAUGGUGCGAUUACAAUUUGUCGUCUUGACUGGCAAAAAGCCCGAUUUCUUUUCUGAAGAGCUUCAAGACAAAAGGUGCGAAAUUUUAACUGAACAGAGCAAAAAGAAAAAAAUCUUCACAAGGAAAGAGCAGAAAUCUGUGCAAUACCGCGCGAUGUUACGCAAUUUGAGUUAAGAAUUUCGCAUUUCUUGCCUGGGAGCUCUUCAGCCACGAAAUCGGGCUUUUGACCAGUCAAGAAGCAGAAUUGUAGAUUGCACCACCCUUAUGUCGGAAAUUUGUGUCGCAUCUUUUAGAUGAUACCGCUGACAAUACUAAGCUUGACAAAGACACAACUACGCCACUUAAGGGGAAGAGCAGUUCUUUGAUGUUAGCGGUCUCCCCAGAAACAUCCUCACAAGGUUCAAAUACCAAGGGUAAGAUACUAUUGCUUGUAAUAGGAUGACGAUCCACCUUUAGAUGAUGAUGACGAAAGGACAAAAUUCGAAACUCACACUGGACCAAGUCGACCAGCAAUCUCAGGGAAAUCCAGCAAGCAAAUCAUCAAGCAGUCCGUUUCCAGAGAAAAAUUGCCAAAGACGAGUGCGAAACGUGAAGAAGAUGAACCUACUGAAUUUGUCCGCGUUGCUCGAGCUAAACCAGCAAAGUGCCGAAAACAUGGACGAAAGGUAAGAAACAAAAAGAAGACAGAGGACAUAACGGAAGAAGACAAAGUUGACAAAGAAAUCAAACGGAAGUCAUGGAUCAGAGAGGGUAACAAAGAAGAUCAUGUGAUCAGGGCCAAAAGAAAGAUCAAGAAGAAGAGUAAAGAUAAGACUAAGGAAAAUGAUAAGACUUUUGAAGACACCGUGAAGUCGGAAGUGGAGUUGAUAACCUCCGCACUGCCCAAUGGCAAUGCCUCCCUACCGGAUGUUGAUAUCGACGAUGAGACUGAUGACACUUGUGUGGUUACGGAGUCAGAAGCCGAAAGAAAUGAACCGUCCAAACUUACAACGGCUGAGACUGUAAGUACUGUCAUUUACGGUAAAUUUCUUGUUUAGCUGAUUAACAGCCAGUUUGGUCAGGCUGUUUUAGAGAAAAUGCAUGAGGGGAAAGCGUUUGAUAACGCUCUCUCACCUACCGAGAGUGAAGAACUCAGUAAAUUCUUCGAUGGAAAGAUCCCCUUCUCUAAUAAUGUAAGCAUUCCGGUGUUUUAAUGUUAUGCUUCCAGGUCAUAGAGUUAUUGGACAAAGGAAUGGAAAGGGGUAUAAUCACAUUCCGUAAUACCACACCGCAUUUGGAUUCCGAACUACUCGAUUUCCUCGCCAAUACAGCCAAGGCGAAGGCAUUGUUGGUCGACACUAUCCUAACUAACCAGGGUUUGUUACCCAAACAAUGGAACGGAAAGGGUUCGGACGAAAAAGAAAAAUCAAAGAAUCCGAAAACUGCCCCGGUGACCAGUACCUCCGAUAUGAAUGUCACAGACUCCGGUAACUCCGUUGGUGCCGAAUACAUGCAUUCAAAAGAGAAAGAAUCAGAGAAACACAACGCUUCAAUUGAUUCCGUUAACUUGAAGGAAGCCGACGUCAUUUCUUUCUCGUUGGUUCCGCAGACGGCUUCGUCCAAUGAGAAAGCCUUGAGUAAGUAAAAUCUUAAGUUGAAAGAAGGAAAGCCUUCAGAACCUACGACGGCCAAUACUAGCUCAGCUGACACGUGCCCUGAGGAGAACGAUCUCUCUUUCCUGCCUGCUUCUUACUCAAUGCCAAAAAAGUAA